AAAUCGUUUGGUUGUGACAUUCCAGCUAUAAUGACGGGCCAGGAGGUAUUAUUGGAGGAGUCGUUGGCAGUCUAUUCGGACUCGGCACUCUCAUUGCUUUGAUUGUUAUCUGCAUUUGCUGUCGAAGAAGGCGGGCCAAUAUGGGACAGGUGAUCGGCAACAGACCAGUCACAUCUGUUACCAUGGUUUCCCAGCAGACGAACCAGCAGGCGACCCAGGGAUAUGCAACAGCGCAGCCUGGUUACCCAGCGGCUGGACAACCAGCCGCCUAUCCAGUGGCAGGACAACCAGCCGCCUAUCCAGCGGCAGGGCAACCAGCCGCCUAUCCAGCGGCAGGAAAACCAGCCGCCUAUCCGAACUCUCCCAUGACACAAGCUGCAUAUCCUCCCGCCCCUGCAGGACAGUAUCCACCUCCAACACAGCAGGCGUACCCCAUGGGAUCUCAGCCCUACCCCGCGCAACCACAGGCCACACCCUACAAUGCCGGGAACAUGUAUGACAAUAACACAGCUCCCAUGGCCGGAGGAGGAGGCUUCAUUAACGCAGGAUUCCAGCCUCCUCCACCUUAUGAUCAAGUUGCUACCGAAAAAAAGUAAACCAACAAAACAGAGCAAUCUUGCCAAAGUUUCUUUCUUUCUGAUUUCAUAAUUAUUGUUAUUCUUUAUGA